CGUAGGUAAAUAGGGUAGAACAAAGCAUUAUGAAAUUCUAAAAUAUUUAACAGUCAAUCAUCUCCUUUUCCUUAACGGGUUCAACACGAAAUUACAAUUAAAGCUGUUCAAGGAAGCUGUUCGAGAGAUCACCCAAAGCAAGAGUAUUUUCAUCGUCAUGAUACUAAGUGUGCUCCUGUUCAAAGUAAUUCUUGUUGCUGUCUUAGGCUUUCUGGAUAAUUGGCACGCGGAUGCGUGUUCAGUUCCUAACAUUCGUGAAAAGGAAGGAAACGAGAUAAAAGUCAUCGAGGUGACCAGCGGUGAGGAUGUUAAACUCACUUGCCAGAUCAGAACCGUUGGUCAGACCUCAAAACCAAGGUAUUACUGGCUCAAAGACAAUCAGACGUUCAGUCCAUCGAGUCAUCAACGUCUGAGGUUAAAACUCUACAGAUCCCUAAAGAUAAAAAGAGCCAAGAAAGAGGACGCCGGCUUCUACACCUGUGUCGCAGUAAAUGACUGUGGCAAGAAUUCUUUUACAAUGCACCUAUUUGUCGGAAAAGUUCAAUGCUCAAAUUCUGUGGCUGUUCUGUGCUUCACAGCUGCUCCAAGAUUUACGGUGAAGCAAAGCAAGAUGAGGCGCAACCUUCUUGCAGUACCCGUUGGAAACUCUUUAAAGCUGGACUGUUCUGCCGACGGAAACCCUCGUCCUACCGUGAAAUGGUACAAAGACGGAAAAUUGAUUAAGGAAAGGAAAGGGGGCAACAAACUGUAUUUGAGUCCAUGGACAACCUUGUUGAGUUUGAAGGACUUGGUUCCCUCUGACACUGGGUCAUACAUGUGUAAUGUGAGCAACUCAUACGGAUGGAUUAAUCAUACAUACAAAGUAGACGUUCAUGAACGAGCUCGUGCUGAACCAGUCGUUCUACCCAUGGAAAAUGUCACAGUUUAUCGAGGAGAGAAUGCCAGCUUAACAUGCAAAGCAUUAAGUGAUUCCAUGCCUCAUUUCCAGUGGUUAAGGUGGUUUCCUGUGCGUUCCAACGGUUCGGCCAACAGUUCGGUAAGCGGUUCAAUUGAAAGUCCUCACUACGAAAUCGUGAAUAAAGAAGACACAGACCAACAUGUAAUUGUGCCACCAAGUGGUGGCAAAAAGUUUGAUUUCCACGGAGUGAAGUUGACUUUGUUAGAUGUCACAAAGAGGGACGAAGGAAAAUACACCUGCAUUGUGGGAAAUGCUGCUGGUCACGCAGUCGAACAUGCUUACAUCAUUGUCCAAAACAUCGAAGCCAAAAUCUGCCAAGCAAACCAGUUUACUUGCGCUGAUAAGAGUUGUAUUUCAUUGUUUCGGAAGUGUGAUGGUCGUAAUGAUUGCCAUGAUAAGUCAGAUGAAAAUGGAUGUCCAACGACGGCCCCUCUGGUUUGUUCAAAAGGAAUGUUUCGCUGUGAUGGAGACUGCAUAAAAGGUUAUUUGCAGUGUGAUGGAAAAAACGAUUGUAGUGAUGGAUUCGAUGAGAGAGGAUGUGAUCCAACGGCUUCACCAACAAAUGUUUCAAGAGGUGAGAAGACUCGCGAUGCUCUUGUCCCCGGAAUCGUCUCGGCAGGCGUGCUAAUUACCGUAGCUGCUUUAUCUUUUAUCUGCUGGCGCUCUCGAUCCCGAACUAAGGAGCCAGUGAACGAUUCAAUUUCAAUGUUAGAACUUGAAUUUGAAUACGACGCGUUCGUUAUUUUCAGCUCCCAAGACUCGGAUUGGGUGACUAAAACUCUAAUUCUAACUUUGGAGGAAAAGCACGGUUUUAAAUGCUGUGUACACUACAGAGAUUUCGUUGUCGGAGUACCUUUUCGUGAAAAUAUGGUUAACAGUGUUUACAAGUCAAGAAAAACGAUAGCUGUCGUGUCUAAUAACUUUUUCAAUAGCAAUUAUUGCGGUUCUGAAAUGGAUUACGCCCUUCACCGACUCAUGGAAAGGAGAGAUAACAGUUUAGUCGUCAUCAAACUUGAUGAUGUGGACAGAGGAAAACUCCCAAAGGAGCUGCGAAAAAGGAGCUUCAUAGACCUUUCAAAGAAUGUUGAAAAGGAACACUGGGAAAGAAAAUUGGUUAAAUGUUUAACGAUCCCUAGCGACUUGUCACAGGAACAGAUUUUGUAACAAGCUUUUUGAUAAUUAGGUUUUAACUACUUUUGUAUGUGCGGUAACUAACUCGAAACGUGGCGAAACUUGUAAUAAUAAUAAUAAUAAU